ACUUGGGUUUAGUUUGUUGAGCCUUUGAAGAAGCAAACAUGGACAGAAGACCGACUUCUCCAAGCUCUCUUGAGACUCAUUUUGUAGAUAUCCAUGAAGUCCUCCCUGAAGAAAAGGAAGGAACAAUGGCGGAUAAAGGGGAGAAGCCACCAAAAAGGCCCAAUAAGUUUCGGGACAUGAAGAGAUCCCAAAGGAAUUUCAGCAGGCAGGUCUCGUUAGAGACUGGGUUUUCAGUGCUUAAUAGAGAGUCUAAAGCCAAAGAUGAGAGGCGUGUUCUCAGGAGAAGUGGAAGAAGCUUUGGAGGUUUUGGUGCUACUAACCGAGUUGGUGGGGAUGGAAGAAAAGGAGACUUCAGUAUCUUCAUGACAAAGUCCGCUCUCACUAAGCAGAAUUCCUCAUUACCUUUGAGAAGGGAGAGUGAGUUGGAUUUUCAGAAAAAUGAUGGUUCGGGAGUUGAUGACUCUGUUCCUGCGGGGAGAUACUUUGCUGCUCUUAGAGGGCCUGAACUAGACCAAGUCAAGGAAUCUGAAGACAUUCUCCUCCCAAAAGAUGAGCAAUGGCCCUUCCUACUUAGAUUCCCAAUUGGUUGCUUCGGUAUCUGUCUAGGCCUUAGCAGCCAAGCCGUCCUAUGGCGUGCCCUUGCAACAAGUCCAGCUACCAAAUUCCUCCAUGUUACCCCCUUCAUCAACCUUGCUCUCUGGUUUCUAGCCCUAGCAGUUCUUCUCUCUGUCUCCUUCAUCUACAUCCUCAAGUGUGUGUUCUACUUUGAAGCUGUCAAAAGAGAAUACUUUCAUCCCGUCCGAGUCAACUUCUUCUUUGCCCCCUGGGUUGUCUGCAUGUUCCUAGCCCUCAGCCUUCCAUCCAUUCUUGCUCCUAAAACCCUUCACCCUGCCAUUUGGUGUAUCUUCAUGGCACCUUAUUUCUUUCUUGAACUUAAAAUCUAUGGUCAAUGGCUUUCUGGGGGAAAGAGACGUCUCUGUAAGGUAGCCAAUCCAUCUUCUCAUCUCUCAGUAGUUGGAAACUUUGUGGGGGCCAUUUUAGCAUCCAAGGUGGGAUGGCAGGAAGCUGCUAAGUUCUUGUGGGCAGUUGGCUUUGCGCAUUAUCUCGUGGUGUUUGUCACAUUGUAUCAGAGGUUGCCUACCAGUGAAGCAUUGCCUAAGGAGCUUCACCCUGUGUAUUCCAUGUUUAUUGCAGCGCCGUCGGCUGCAAGCAUUGCUUGGGAAACUAUAUAUGGUGACUUUGAUGGGUUGUCGAGGACUUGCUACUUCAUUGCAUUGUUUCUCUAUAUAUCACUGGUUGUUCGGAUCAACUUCUUCAGGGGCUUUAGGUUUUCAGUGGCAUGGUGGUCUUACACCUUCCCCAUGACAACAGUAUCAGUGGCAACCAUAAAGUAUGCAGAGCAGGUCCCUUCAGUUCUAAGCAAGGGCCUUGCAGUAUUUCUUUCAUUCAUGUCAUCAACAAUGGUCUCAGUGUUGUUCGUCUCUACACUUCUACAUGCCUUUGUUUGGCACACCUUGUUCCCCAAUGACCUCGCGAUUGCCAUUACAAAAAGAAAACAUGGCAGGGAUAAGAAACCGUUUAAAAAGGCCUACGAUAUAAGGCGUUGGACUAAGCAGUCUCCUUUGUCCUUUGUUUCAGCCAUGACCAAAAUUAAUUCUGCAGACAAGGGUUUGGAUGAGCAGAAGGAAGCAGAGCACUGAGACCCAUACUAUAUACAACCCUAUUACCAUCCUGUCUCAUUAAUACAGUUCCUUGCUGUCAACCUACAAUUCUUUCACAUUUGUAGCAACAUCAGAAUGCAGACUUCUUGUAGAUAAUCAAUUCCAGGGAAUGAUGAAUAAAUCUAGCAGUUUGUUCUAUUAAUUUAA